CAAAAAAAGGCAGUAAAGCAGUAAAAAAGCAGUGUUUCUGCGCGAAUUAGAAUGACUUAAGUGUAAAUUUUAAGUGAAUUGAGUGUAAAGUGCAUGAGACAAGGGUUCAAGAUGUCGACGAGAUCGCAGAUAACGAAAGAUUUGAACGAAAGCAUCAAAUCUGUGCUGGGUCGACACACGAAAAUCCUCGUCAAGUACAUGGUAAAAUUGGAAUACAAGACUGAUAAGACGGAAAAUCGGGUGUUGGUUUUUACUCCCGUUCGUGUUUACCUGUUAACAGCAAAAGUUCCGACGCGCAUCGAUCAACAUUUCCAUUAUCUCGACAUCCAGGGCGUCGAGAGUAAAGUUUCGACGCGUUUCAGCAUCCAAACUACCGAAAAAACGUACAAUUUUUGCUCGAUUGGCGAUGCGGGGAACUUUGCGUCGAGUGCCGACGUCAUUUUGACGGAUUUGUCUUCCUCCAUCAAGCAAAUCUUCCCAACUGUGCCGCUGAAUUACAUCAUCAAGAAGAUCGUGAUCGAGCCAUGCGAGCGAAUUAGCAUCUUUUCAGACGAAUUACGCACGACAGACCCGAAAACUGUGGGUCCUUGCGGGGGAUUUAGCCAACAAUAUGCGUGUUUGUGCGAUUAUCAUGGCGUGCCAUACCGAGAGGAAGUUGCAUGGGACAUUGACACCAUUUACCUCUCACACGACAACAAAAUCUUGAAUUUGAAGGAUUUUGAUCAUUUGGAAUCAAAAGAUCUCAUGGCAAUCGUUUCCGUGUUGGAAUAUAAUACAUUUUUCCGCGGCUUGAAAAUCAAACAAACAAAAGUUUCCAGCGAGACAUUGGAUCGAAUUUUGCAUGUUCUGAAACGUUCAAUGUGGCUCGAGGAAUUGCAUUUGGAAGCGUUGGGCCUCAAAUCCGACUUUAUCCAUAAAUUAGCAUUGUCUGUGAUGUCAAAUAAAAAUUCUGCACUGCGAACCAUCGAUUUAAGUCACAACCCCAUCGAAGAUAAAGGUGCUACAUCGUUUAGUGUACUUUUUGGAAGAAUUAAACAAGGCGCUGUACAUUUGACCGGAUCAACAGCUCGCAUCUCCAAAGGCUUGUGUAAAUUAGCUUUAUCGCAUUGCGGUAUCACAUCGAAGGGCGUAAAUCAAAUCGCACAGUCACUGACACAAAAUCAAAGCAUUGCAAAUUCCCUUACGCAUCUCGAUUUGAGCGGAAAUAGCUUGAAAGAUGACAUUAAUAAUUUGUAUAAUUUUCUCGCACAACCGAACGUUUUGGAAGAAUUGGAUAUCUCGAGUACAGAUACGGCGUUGGAAAGUUUCUUUGGAGCACUUUUACGCGGAUGUUCGACUCAUUUGUGCCAUCUGAAUGUCUCGCACAACUAUUUCAGCACAAAAAAAGGAAAAGAAAUCCCACCAUCGUUCAAGCAAUUCUUCACGAGUACGCUUUGUUUGAAGCAUUUGAACAUUUCGCAUUGUAAAUUGCCGUUAGAAGCUCUCAAACACUUACUCCUCGGUCUCGCAUGUAACGAAUCAACAAUUGGCCUACAUUUGAAUUUAAGUUGUAAUAAUUUGGGUCCUGUUGGCGCUCAUGUACUUGAAUCCUGUAUUCAUGGCGUUCGGGUGUUGCAAAGUUUGGAUAUUAGUGAAAAUAAUUUGGAUGCUGAACUCGCAACUGUCAUAACUGCCAUCGGGAAGAACCCGUCAAUUCGUUGUCUUCGUAUGAACAAGAGCUUCCUCGGAAUGAAACCAAAGUAUUAUUCUGUCGUGAUGGAUGCACUCGUGAAUUUAGUGCAAAAAGACGAUAUUCCGUUGCAAGAAUUGGUUUUGAGUGAAAAUAAACUCAAAAAUGACUUGCAUAACUUCAUUAACGCCCUCGGCAGUAAUCAAACUCUUCAAAUACUCGACAUAAGUGGCAAUUUUAUGGGCGACAUUGGCGCUCGGUUACUCGCCAAAGCCCUUCAGAUCAACAAUAAGCUCAAAACAAUCUACAUGGAUCGCAAUAACGUCUCGUUACAGGGAUAUGCAGACAUUGUUUAUGCAUUAGAGAACAAUUAUUCCAUGCGCCAUAUCCCUUUCCCCUUGUUUGACAUCGCUCCAACGCUGAAAAAUCAUCCGGAACGAACAGAUGCCGUCAUGCGAAAAAUGCAGGAAUAUUUGCGACGUAAUUCGAUGGGUAUCAAACGUUCCAAUGGUCAAGGUUUCCGUUUGCAACAUGGAUUUUUGCUUUCUUCGACACAUCAAUUGAUCGAUAAACUCGUUUCUGAAACAAAUGAUUCCAUUUCGCUCAAACAAAACGAAUCGUCGACAGGAAUUCAAAGAUUGUUGGAAGAUGCGGAGAAUUGUAAACAACUUUUACCUCGUUUACAAGAAGCUGUUCGUGCUGAAACUCAUCCAAUCGAGAUGAAAAUGAAUUUAUUGACGCAAGAAUUGGGUCAAUGCAUCAAAAUUUAUCUGGAUGAGACGUUGGAAACGAUGAUUCGCACAGGAGUUGAACAAUGCCCGAAAACUUUGGGAAAUCCAACGACAAUUGCAGAACUACGAACGAGUUGUAAUGAUCGUUUGAACAUUUCCGACGAAUUUUUACAAGCUUGUGUCAUUCAAACAGCUGGAAGUGAAAUUAUUAACAAAGUCAACGAAAUUGAGCAAAAUAUGGCAUCAACAAUUGCUGAUCGGGCAACUGACGAAGUACUUGAAGCUCUGACAAGAUAUAAGCGUGGUUUGGGAAUCCCCGAGAACGAUAGUCCUUAUGACGAUACGCUCGUUUCUGACAUUGUAAGAAGUCAAUCGAGUCAUGAUGCAUUUAGUAUUAAUUCAAUGAAAAUCCGGGCAGCACAACUGCCUAUCAUUAAUUUGGGUUCGCCAACGCAAUUGGAGUAUUUGAAUCUGGCAACUCCGCAAUUACGUAACAAGGCUCGUCCCGCAUCGCGGAAGAUUCGCCCGCAAUCUGUUGUCGGAAUUGGCGUUACUAAUCUCAGUAUCGAUCAUAUUCCGCGAAUGUUGGAGAAUUUCCGUCGCGAUUCGAAGGAUUCUCAGGAAGAAAAUUGCGAUUCGAUCACGGAAUUGCCAAGUACGUCGCAACAGUUGCAGCAUUUGGUGAAAAAUCGCCCGAAAAAGGCGAAAACUCGAGCUCCAACGCGCCCUUUCCUUGCGGAAAAUGCAACACAAAGCAUCGGAGAAGGUUUGGAAGCGUUCUUUAGACCUGGAUCGACAACGCCGAGCACUUUGACGCCUGUUAUGUCUCCAACUUCCGAAGAAUGUACGUUCCCGAGCAUCGAUAGCCCGACGUUGAGUGCGAUGAGUCGUGAUGAAAACGGGCAUUUGAGUAACGUAACUUCCGGCGAAACAACUCCCAUAAUGGAUGAGAGAAAAGGAUGGACAACGCGUUCUCGUUCGACAGACAAUAUCGAAAAAUCGCCCGCAAUUGAUCGAAAAUCUCCUCGUCUAGUCAAAUUAGAAACAGUUGAUGGCCCGCAUUCGUUCAUAAGUUUGGAUCAUCGAGCAGCUUCGAAAAUUUCACCAAAUGAAGAUGCUCUGAGCGAAUUAAAUCAUAAAAUAAACAACAACGGGAUCUGUAAAACACCUUCUCGCCCUCGUCCUUGGAGCGUUGUCGGAAAUGAGUCAAAAGAUACGACAACGGGAAAUGAUUCGAGUCAUCACACAACGCCCGACGAGCUUGAUAACGACGUUGACGUCGUUCCUUUUGUCGGAAACACUCCAGGUAGCUCAAUUGUUGGCAUCUCACCCGGUUUGGCGCUUUCGGGAGGAGGAAGCGUUGUUGGUUUAGGCACUCCAGGAACAGCUUUUGAAAAACGCUCCGUGCGCGAUAUGGCAGCAAAUUUCCAAAAAUUAGAUACUGAUACAGUUUCGUAAACGAACAAAUUUUAGAGAGAAAUAGCACUCGAAGGAUAUUUGAAAAGGAAAAAAAUCGAAUUUAUUCAGUGUCAAUGUGUAUUUAGUCGUAAUGAACAGUAAAAUUAACUCAAAACGGAAAACGAAAGUGAAAAUUAGAAAAGUACAGUGCACGAAAGAUAAAAAUUAGUAAUUACCAAAAAAAAAGUUACUUUCCCCCUGCAAUUCUCACGGAAUUGAACGAAACAACACAAUCAUGAAUUAAUAACAUUUAAAAUUUAAUCAAUUAACAAUUCAAUCUAACAUAAUAUUUAAUGAAAAUCAAAAAAAAAAAAAUAUUUUAACAUAUUCUUCAAAUAAUCAAAAAAAACUGAAUAAUUCUUCUGAAUUAAUAACAAAGUAUUAAUCGAAACAUUACAUGCCAUACAUAAAUUUAAAUAUGUAGAUGACAAAAAAAAAUAUUUAAAAAGAAAAACUGCCAUUUCUUAACAAAAAAAAGUUAAAUGUUCUUGACGAUUUCGACUCAAAUGUUUAAAAAAAUGUAGUUUUUAGCAAACAUUCCCCAAAUUUGUCUGCCAAUUUUUCGUGAAACCAAAAAAACGUAUUUUUAUAUCAAUUUUAAUAAAAAAGUGAAUGUUUUUUGUAAUUCAAACGAACAAAAUUUUUUGAUGAUUUUUUCUUCGGAUGUAAGUUUUUG